AUGCAACGUCCAGCCUCCGCCCUGAUGAGCAGCAUCGGCCACCACAGCCGGCACCGGGUCCUCCGGCAGCAGCGGGCCCCACCGUGCGACGUGUUCAUCAACCACCGCGGCGUGGACACGAAGCGCAACGUGGCGGGGCUGCUGUACCACCACCUCCGCAGCAUCGGCCUCCGCCCCUUCCUGGACAGCAAGAACAUGAAGCCCGGGGACCGCCUCUUCGACCACAUCGACGCCGCCAUCCGGGAGUGCAAGCUCGGGAUCGCCGUCUUCUCGCCCAUGUACUGCGACUCCUACUUCUGCCUCCACGAGCUCAGCCUCAUGACCCAGCUCGGCAAGCGGAUCAUCCCCGUCUUCUGCGACGUCAAGCCCUCCGAGCUCCGCGUCAAGGACGACGGCUCCCUCCCGCCCGAGGAAAUAAUGCGCUUCCGCGCCGCCCUCGAGGAGGCCAAAAACACCGUCGGGUUAACUUUUGACACCUUGCGAGGGGAUUGGCCGGAGUUUUUUGCUCAGGCGACGGAUGUGGUGAUCGAGAACUUGAUCGAAUUGGAGGAAGAGGAGGAAAUUAAGAGGCAGAAAAAAAAACUUGAAUUGAACUAA